CUUAGAGCUCGGGACCGACUAAGGCAUGCCAGAAUGUUGCAAGGUGUCGUCGACUUCUCAGUCGAAGGUUCUUCCGAUCCAUUGCUCAUCGGCGGCUGGUAGGGCGUUCAGGUGCCGAGAGAGAGAUAGAGAGAUAGAGAGGUGUGGAAACAGACCAGAGAAGGCGAAGAAGGAUGAUCGAAUUGAUAUAUACUGACUUAAAACUGGAAAAAUGCUUUAUAUUCCCAUUUUCAUUUUCUUUUGUUGUUCUAAUAGGGAAGUAAUAAUAAAUGCUACUUCAAUUCUUUCUUGGGUUUUUCUUGUUCUUCUUUAUUUAAAUAUUUCUUGUGGAUGCUACUUUCUGUUUUGAUUUGAUUGGACUAACUCUCUGAACUUUGUUGUGGAGUAAACUUGUUAUUCGUUGUUAAUGGCAUGCUCAGGCUUUACUUUACGAAAGUCAAAUUGGGCACUCCCCCAAGGGAAUUUACGGUGCAGAUCGACACUGGAAGUGAUAUUUUGUGGGUGAACUGCAAUUCCUGCAAUGGAUGCCCCACAUCAAGUGGACUUGGAAUUCAACUAAAUUUCUUUGAUGCUUCCAUCUCAUCAAGUUCUUCACUCAUCUCCUGUUCUGACCCAAUAUGCAAGUCUGCAUUCCAAACAACUGGAACACAGUGUCUAUCUCAGAGUAAACCAUGCAGUUACACCUUUCAGUAUGGUGAUGGAAGUGGAACAUCAGGUUAUUAUGUAUCUGAGUCCAUGUACUUCGACAUGGUUAUGGGACCUUCUAUGAUUGUUAACUCUUCAGCUACUGUUGUUUUUGGUUGUAGCACCUAUCAGUCAGGAGACUUGACUAAAUCAGACCAUGCAAUUGAUGGCAUUUUUGGAUUUGGCCCCGGGGAUUUGUCUGUCAUAUCACAGUUGUCAGCUCGAGGGGUAACCCCUAAAGUAUUUUCCCAUUGUUUAAAAGGAGAAGGAAAUGGUGGCGGUAUAUUGGUUCUUGGUGAGGUUUUGGAGCCAGGCAUUGUGUAUAGCCCACUCGUGCCCUCUCAGCCUCACUAUAACUUAUACCUGCAAAGCAUUGCUGUCAAUGGUCAGACACUGCCAAUUGAUCCAUCUGUGUUUGCAACAUCAAACAAUCGAGGAACUAUUGUAGACUCUGGGACAACAUUGGCUUACCUUGUUGAAGAAGCUUAUACUCCGUUUGUCAACGCUAUAACUGCUGCUGUUUCCCAAUCUGUGACUCCUACUAUUUCAAAGGGCAACCAGUGUUAUCUAGUAUCCACCAGUGUAGGCGAGAUAUUUCCUCUGGUUAGCUUAAACUUCGCGGGCAGUGCAUCUAUGGUGUUAAAACCUGAACAAUAUCUUAUGCAUCUUGGCUUUUAUGAUGGUGCUGCAUUAUGGUGUAUUGGUUUUCAGAAAGUUCAGGAAGGAGUAACGAUUUUAGGAGAUAUAGUUAUGAAAGACAAGAUAUUUGUAUAUGACUUGGCUCGCCAGCGAAUUGGGUGGGCAAAUUAUGAUUGUUCCCAAGCGGUAAACGUAUCAGUCACAUCUGAGAAGAACAGGUUCGUGAAUGCAGGACAGUUGAGCGUGAGCGGUUCGACCCGAGAUAAACUCCUCCAAUCAUCAACUAUGGAAGCAUUAGCAGUGUUAGUGAGUCUCAGUUUGUUCAUCCAUUUCCAGCUUCUUCGACGUUAAAUCUGUAGUUCUCCCUUAAAAUCCCCAUUCUUUACACCAAUUGUUUGCCCCCUCCAGUCCAGUAUGAUGCCUAUGAUUGGCGGUGGCUGUGUAGUGCUAUUACUUUUAGACCAUUGGAGAUGCGAUGGACCCAAAAAGAUGAAUAUUCUGGCCCACUUCUUAAUUUGGGCCUGUAAUCGGGCCCAUAUUUUGAGAAAUGCCAGUAAUUGUAAAUUAUGUGCUAAUAAAAUUAUGGAUCGAUUAAAUUUA